GAAAAAAAAAAAAAGGAAAAAAAAAACAGGAUGUUCACAUGAGUUGCGCUCUUGCUCCACCAGCAACGGUGAAAACGUCCCCACCGAAAAAACAGGGAAAAAAAAAGAAGGAAAGCAUGGGUGAAAAGAAAACAUAUUCCUAGAAUCGACCGUGCUGUGGCUGCGGGGACCGCCGCCCUCUCACUCUCUCACCCCUUUGACUUUGUCGCGAAAGUCAAGUGGGGACCCUGCCCCACCCCUCCAGACUCCACGAGGCCGGCUCCCGAUAAAACGCGGCCCCCCCUCUCUCCUCCUUUUCAGACACCACGAGCGAGGCCGGAUCCAAUGCCCAUCCCCACCACCACCAUCUCUCUCCUCCCACCAACAGCGCCAACAAUAAACUAGACCCAAAAGUCAGCGCCCCCCUUCCUUCCCUUCCCUUCCUCCAUAGCCAGCAAGAACGAGCUCGGGUGACGCCGGCCAUGGAGGGGGACGCCGGGUGCUACUACCUCGGCGGCGGCUGCAACGACUGGGACCUCAACGCCGUCGUUCGCUACGCCUGCCGCGGCCGUGUCCCGCCGCCGCCCCCCUCGGACGACCCCUUCUCCUCCUUCCUCCCCCCGCCGGUGCCCGCGGUGGAAGACCACGGGAUGCCCCACGCCGCGGAUCCGCCCGUCAACGGGAACGGGGUCUCUGAUGCCGUCGACGAGCUCUCCAUUGCCUUCUUCGCACCGUCGUCAACGGGGACUCUGCUGCCAACCUCGCCUCAGCCGCCGCCGCUGCAGCAGCAGCCAGCGGCGCCAACGAACCAAGAAAUGGUGCCGAUGCAACAAGACGAGCCGGUGCCGCCUCCGGUGCUGCAGGCCGCGGGCGUGCAAGGCCCCGUCGGCGAAGGGUCGAGAUCCAAGAGAAAGAAGAAGGUGGUGAAGAAGGUGGUGAAGCGGGUGGCGGCGGACGGCACGUCGGCGGACCCGUGGGCGUGGCGCAAGUACGGGCAGAAGCCCAUCAAGGGGUCGCCGUACCCGCGCGGGUACUACCGGUGCAGCACCGACAAGGCGUGCGAGGCGCGCAAGAUGGUGGAGCGCUGCCGCGACGACCCCAACUCCUUCAUCCUCACCUACACCGGCGGCGAGCACAGCCACCCCGCCCCCGCCCACCGCAACUCCCUGGCCGGCACCACGCGCAACAGGCAGGCGCCGGACCCAGCUCCCAGACACCAGGGCGCUCCCGCCGCCAAAGCCACCGGGGAGUCGUCGUCGGCGGCCGCGGCGCCGGAGCCGAGCCCAGGGCAGUCGACGUCGGGCGGGAUGUCCCCGACGACGCCCCUGCGCACGCCAUCCAUGGAGGAGGAGUACAACCAGGAGGAGGAACUGGACGAGGCCGCCGGCGGCGCAAGUCGGCCGUCCAAGGACGCGGAGAUGGCCCGCGAGACUGAGAUGAACAAGCUACUGGAUGCCUGCGUGCACCCGAGGGACGACGCCGGCAUCUUCGUGGAGGAGACGUUCGUGGUGACGCCGUGGGCCACGGCCCUCGGCGGCGCGGCCGGGUGGAGUUGACUCCGCCGUUACCGUACAUUGCCAUAUAUAGCAGCAUGCUGUCAAUCAUAAUCCUGGCUCGUUGCAGCAGCAGUAGAAACAGAAGAAAAAGAAGGAAAAAAAAGAUAGAGGUGGAAGAGAGCAUCUGAUCCAUGCUACAACCCCAGUGCCGGCCGGCAAGUAGUUAUUCGCCUAGUGUAAUUAAGUGCUAAUUAGCUCUUGAGUAAUAGCGAGUGUUCUUUGAUGGCUUGA